AAGAAGGCGAAGAAGAAGACAGAGAAGGGAAGCUCCAAUGUCUUCUCCAUGUUCGACCAGACCCAGAUCCAGGAGUUCAAAGAGGCGUUCACCAUAAUGGACCAGAACAGGGAUGGCUUCAUCAACAAGGACGAUCUGAAAGGGACCUUCGCUGCUCUGGGUCGGAUGAAUGUGAAUAGCGAGGAGCUGGAUGAGAUGUUGAACGAAGCCCCUGGACCAAUAAACUUCACCAUCUUCCUCACAAUGUUCGGGGAGAAGCUGAAAGGUGCCGACGCAGAAGAAACCAUUCUCAAUGCUUUUAAGAUUUUUGACCCAGAAGCCAAGGGACAUAUCAAAGCGGACUACCUCAAACAUAUGCUGAAGACCCAAGCAGACCGAUUUACUGAAGAGGAGUGUGAGCAGAUGUUUAUUGCCUUCCCUCCUGACGUUUCUGGCAAUCUCGACUACAAAAACCUCUGCUACGUCAUUACUCAUGGUGAGGAGAAGGAUUAGGAGCGACGGAGCUCUCCAGGCAAGGUGAAGAUAGAGCUGGGAGCCAAACAAUUAGAAAUGAGUUGACGGUGGAUGUGGAGCCAUUGUGUUUUAUGUGUUGACUUCCAACAACCUGAUGUUGACUCACUGUUCUGGUUAUGCAAGUUUCUUGUCAUUAGGUUUACACCCUAGUCAUG